UAUCAAAGUUGCAGCCACAGCACAAAUUUUCUCUUUCUUCCAUUUUUGUUCUCUUCUCUUCUUCGUUGCUGCAGAAAUGGCGAUUCUUCCCUGAUCUAUGCAUGCAUACAAUCCUUCUUUCAACCAUUACCGGUUCACCAAUUUUUCAAACAAACCGGUUGAAUCAAACUUGUUUCACCGGUUUAAGAAACAAUUUUUCGAUCUCAUAACACUUGUACCAGGUUAAAACCCAGAAGCAGAAACAUUUGUUGUACGACGAUUCUGUAAUUUAUCUUGUUGAACCAUUUUUGUCUGGUUUGACUCUGUUUGAACUCAAACAAAGUUUUAUUCAUAAUUUAGUGUUGUUAUGGAUGGAGAUAAUGGACUUAACAUAAGCAAUUGGGGAUACUAUGAACCAGUUUCAUCUUUUAAGAAUCAUCUUGGUUUACAACUGAUGCCAUCCAUGCCGGAAAAGCCGCCUUUGAUUGGAAGUCGAAAUGCUGCGGUUAUGUCGGGAACUAACGGUGCAUAUCACCAUCGGGAAAUUGGGAUGCCUCAAACUACUUACCCUAUGGAUUACAUGAGGGAUGCAUGGAUUAGUAGUCAGAGGGAUAAUAAGUAUAUGAAUAUGAAUAUGAUACCUACUAACCCUCCAGGGUAUAGUACUAGUAUUCCCGAGACAUCUUCGGCGCAUCAUAUUCAAAUGAUUCGACCACCUGAAUUGGUUAAGGAAGAAAUACCAAUGGAGGAAGUACCUGUGGUUGAGAAGGUGAAUGGAACUGGUAAGAAGAGGCAAGGACCGAAGGUGCCGAAGUCGCCUAAGGCAAAGAAGCCGAAGAGAGGACCCCGUGUGCCGAAGGACGAGAAUUCUCCUUCGGUUCAACGAACACCGAGGGCACCAAAGAAAACUACGGAAAUUGCAAUUAACGGGAUUGAUUUGGAUAUUUCAAGUAUUCCGAUUCCUGUUUGUUCUUGCACCGGGACACCUCAACAAUGUUAUAGAUGGGGCUCGGGUGGAUGGCAGUCUGCAUGCUGCACAACGGCUAUAUCGAUAUAUCCUUUGCCUAUGAGUACUAAACGACGCGGUGCUAGAAUAGCCGGAAGGAAAAUGAGUAUAGGAGCUUUUAAGAAAGUAUUAGAGAAACUUGCAGCCGAGGGUUAUAACUUUUCUAAUCCGAUAGAUUUGAGGACUUAUUGGGCAAAACAUGGCACCAACAAGUUUGUUACUAUCAGGUAGGUCUACUUCAAUUGUCAACUGGCCUCUGAUUCCGUUCAACCUGUUUGUCAUGUAAAUAUAAUGUGUAUUUGGCCAGAAACUGAGGCUUCUUAGCUGGUUUGUAGUAGGAGAAUUUUUAAAGUCAUGAGACUUUUCCCUUUUCUCGUCUAACUCUUUGCAAUGUUGUUUCGCUUCUUUGAUUUAGUAAAUGGGGAUUCAAUCUUUCGGUUGGUUCGUCUUGAUAGGUAAUUAACAAACUAGAUCUUGUUUUA